CUUUGACUAAGGUUGACUAACUCUUUUGGUACUAAUGUGGUCCCAGGUCAAAGUAGUCCUUGGUCAAGUGGUUGCUGGUCAAAAAAAGAUUGAGAACCACUGGUUUAAUGUAACAGAUGCACAAAAUUCCAUGCACAAAAUUAUCAAAAAUUUCAUAUAAAAUUACCUCCAGACUUUGUGCACAAGGAGCAAAUGAAACAUGCAUUAAUUUUAUUGCUAGACCUGAGUCCCAUCUCCCAAAUUUUGCAGUAUUUCAGAUUUUGGGUUUCUGGGUAAGGGAUACUCCAGCUUGUAGAGUUUUGACUGCCUUUUGUGCACUUAUUUGCUUGACGUUUGAACUGCCAUAAUCCUGUUUUAAUUCUUUGGAGCCCUCUAGUUUUUGCAUUGCCAAUGCUGGAUGAUUUGAAUAGUACUGAAUUCGCUCCCAGCGAGCCAAAAUCAAAAGCUGAAAUUAUAUCGAUGAAGCUGGUACGCUUCUUCAAUCCAGUGACAUGCCGACCUAAAACGAACCAGCCAGUGCAACCUUGCAAAGCUGGAGGAUAUAUCAACAAGACGCUUUGCCUACAGCAUGAGUGCUGCACUCCUUCAAAAUCAAAUAUUAAGUUCCCAUGCUACAUUCCAUUCGAAGACCGUCCUCAGAAGAUCCUGCGGUUCUUUGGUAUUGGCAUUGGAGGAGUGAUGCUGGUUGCGUGCUUUCCAUUUUGUUUCUAUAUCGUGGAAAAGAGCCCCUGUGCCAACUCUUUGCGAAGAACAGACAGCAAAGAAGGAUCCAAAGAAGGAAGCGAAGAAAGCGGCAGUGAUGGCAAGGAAAGCAACGAUAGUCAGUCUGAGAGUUUACUAAAAGAAGGAAGAGGCAACUAAGUUGGUCUGCCACGAGAUGCCCACUUCUUCUGGAAUUGCCAUGAACUGUGAACUUUUCCAUCCCGCCAUUCCCUUUCCAUGUGCUCACCACUUACAUAUUAAAAAUAUAUUUGAAGUCUUUAAUCUGGAUGGGCAACUCUGGUCUAAGAUGAUGACAGGGGGUGCUGUUGUUUCAUCCAUUAUGACACCAAGUCAUUUUGAUUGUUCCACCUUGUCUCCUGUGCUACACUAAUAAUAUAAUAUAUUGUAUAUAUGCAUAUACUAUUUAUAUUAUUAUAAUGUAAUACAAUAUAAUGCUAAUAAUACUCCAAUAUUAUAUAUUUUAUAUUACAUGUAAUAUUACUAAUAAUAUUACAAUAUAAUGGUAUAGUACAGUAUAAUACUGAUAUUAUGCUAUGCUAAUAAUAUAA